AUGGAACAAGUAUUUAAUGAUCUAAUGAAACAAUCAAAAAAUGAUGUGAACAGCCUCGUUAAAUGGAUACAGGACGCCAAGCUCAUUGAAGCGACGAAGGAAGGAGAGGAGAAGGCUCGCGCAAUGUUCGCUGGCGUCGACCAAAAGAAUGUGGAGAUGGCCAAAUUCAAGGAGGUCGUGGAGAACUUGGCCAGUGAACAACACAAAUCUUUUGAGGAGUUCUCAAAACAACUUGCUGAAGAGGGUCCAAAGUUAAUGCAAUCGGCCAUGGCGGGUGUCGCGGCGCUAAAGGAUAAAUUCAUGAAAUAA